AUGUACAGAUUCAAAUUAUCCGCACCGGGUACGACGUUUUUAUGCGGAGAACCUAACAGACGUAACAACACUUGUAUAGCAGCCAGCUUAGACAUGCGUACUACACUCACGUUCUCUUCGUUUCCUCCAGCAGUAGUCCGAAUAGAGUUUAUUGAAAUAGAUUUCUCCAGUAUCCAGUUACAUGUGAAAAUACCUUUACGCCAAUUUUAUAUACACUUCUAUGGCGAAAAUUACAAUAACAUAUUUUCUUGUGUUACGGUGCACGAAGUAGUAAAAAAUUUUAUCACUUCCAUGACGGACUAUGACGGCAUAUACGAACCUAGCAAUCAGACUCAUCAAUUAAGUUUACAAGCAUUCUUUUUCCUUCUUAUUCUUAUAAGCCGCAAAGAACAUAUCAUCAUAUCAUCAUCUUUUAUUGUGAAGCUAUCAACGGAAUUGCCGAUCGGUGAAGGUCUGGGCAGUUCGGCAUCGUUCGCGGUAUGUCUCGCGGCGUGUUUUUGGCGUUGGUCCCUUCUGCAGAAAGGGACUGUCCUUUACGAAUUCGGCAAACAAGAUCUCCUGAAGAUCUCAAAUUAUGCUCAGAAUUGUGAUUCUAUUAUAUAUAAUUCCUCGACUAAGAUUGAUACCAUAAUAUCCACGUAUGGCAUGAUAAAAAUAUUCGACAAAGGAAUAAUAAAUACGCUGACAUCAAAGUCUUUUUCUAAUUUGCCAGACAUGAAAAUCCUGCUAGUCUUUUCGAAUGUUAAGAAAACGAAAAGCAAAAAGAGUAUGAAAAUUGAAGCGUUGAAGAAUUCACAUUUGUUAAUCGAUUUCAUUCUGAAUAGUAUCGAAGUAAUAUCAUCUACGUUUAUUUAUGUGCUUGAUAUUAUUGACGUAAAAAUAUAUAAUCGUUUAAAAAAAAAUAACAGUCAAUUUAUUAAUAUAACAGAUAAUUAUAAAACAUUAUUGGAUAUUAUUCACAUGAAUCAAGGACUACUAAAAACAUUAGGCAUGUCGCAUCCAAACCUGGACAUUAUUUGCGCAAUUGCUCGAAAUUUUGGAUUCGCGGGCAAGCUUGCGAGUAAAAGUGGAGGUGGAUAUGCUUUCAUUUUGUUACCGAAUAGCACAGAUGAAAACAUCCACGAUCUUACCGUGAUAUUGGAGUCGUAUGAUUUUCUUGCUAAGAUAGCCACUUUGAAUUGUAGCGGAAUAAGAAUUGAAUAA